AUGGGAUGCAUCCACUCCACUCUCUCUUCUACUUUGUCCUCUACUCUACUCUCUCUGCCCAUCCAUCCACGCCAAGCCCCCCGCACCGCCGACACCACCCUCCGUCCCACCGCCCAAUCACCGAGCCGCGCUCCACCCCAUCACUAGCUCGCGCAGAUCCAUUUCACCGUCUGCAUUCCCAUUUCCUCGUCUUUUUCUACAUCCCAUCCCACCGCAUCCCCUCUCAGCGCCGCUACACCCCCCUGCCCACUGCCGCCCGCGUCGACGUCGCGCCAGCUCCCUCUGCGUCACUUGCCAUCCAUCCAUUCACCCCUCAGCCAAGAUGAACCCGCACCAGAAGAACAAGGUCGAUGUCUCGCAAAUGACAGAGCAGGAACAAAAGGCGUUCAAGCUCUACGGCAAGGUGCCGGCAAAGAACGUCUUGACCAAGAUGCAGAAGGACCGCAAAUUCUUUGACUCUGGGGACUACAUGAUGUCCAAGGCUGGUGUGCCCACUCCCUACGGGCACAUCCACCCUACACCGGAAGCCGUCCCUCAUGCCUCCUCUCCUUCUGGCCCCAACGGCGGCUACCUCUCGUCAUCACCCACCGGCAACAACGCCUCCCCAAUUCCUACCGAGCAACACCACUCGCCUACUUCUGAAAAACCUGCGCCCAACGUGGGCGUUGGGAUCAGCCCGGCGGCUACAAGCGAAGCCAUUGAAAUGCCUGGAGCGGGACAUGGUCAUCAACGUCGUGGUAGUGACAGCCACCCCCGUAUCUCCCCUCCCAAUACGCUCCGUGAAAGCCACAACUCGAGCUCUUACCCCAUCCACCACCCCGGCGCGUUUGGCGCCUCUCCCGUCAAGGCUAGCAGUCUUGCCCACAGAGUAGAUGAAGAUGCGGAGUAGUAGAGGGGAUGCGAUAUGCCAUGCCCAUUGGGCGCUUUUCUCUGUUCUUUCCUUGGUCUACUUUUGGUAGCUACGGCUGUGCACGUCCCUCAUCUCGGGCGCUGGUCUGUCGUCUUUUGGAAAACGGCGCGUGAAAUAUGAUAUAUAGCCUUCCGAUCUGAGACUGUCCUAUAUACUUGUACUUUUAGCAUAUGCAAGGUCAUAAAUUCA